CUGCGAAGUGCGGAACGCGCCUGCGCGGGAGCCGCCGCCGGCCCUCUGACCGGAAGUCAGCCGCGCCUCCCAGCUGCAGCCGGAAGUCGCUUCCUGGGACUUUUCCCUGCGGGCCGCUCCGUCCAGCGUUUUUUUCGUGGCGCUUAUUUCGUGAUCCGAGCCGCUCUGGGGAAGGGAACCACCUGGGUGCGCGAUUUUAGCUUUGUCGACGUGAACGAUUAGAGUGACAAAAAUCAAAAGGGGAAAACAGGAAGUCGUGCCGGCCCGCUGGAUCUCGCGAGGGGCCCGGUGGCUCUGAAGUCGGAGGUUCGCGUCCGCAGCGUGGGUUCCCCGCAGCCUCUCCUCCGCGUCUGCCCGCAAGGCGCUUCCUCUAACGCAGAAACAAAAAGAAACACGAAUAGUCACCCUGAGGACCUGUGAGAGCUCCAGGACCCUAAAAAAAUUGGGGAGUGGGGAAGAGGCAAUGGCUAAGUCCCUCUGACUUGUCCACACUGAGCCUGCAGGUUUACCUACCCUGGUACCGGUUCUAUUGGAGGUGUCAGCAGCUACUUUCUGCUCUGUGGUUACCAAUGACACAGGAGCUGAGCUUCCAAAAAUUUAUUGAACAAUCUGACUUACUAGGAGAACUUAAAUAUGACUUCAAUGAAAAAGCUGAAUUCAGACACACCGAGACUCAAAGACCUUUUGCCUUUAACUAUUAUGAAAAUGGCCUUGAGAAAAAUAGCAAACGCUACCAGGCCCUUGGCCAUUUGCUUGAACAAUACAUUUAUGAGCUUAUGGAGAAAGUGUGCAAAUUAGAAAAAGUUUAUAUCCCACCUGAGGCUGAUAAGGAAGAACCAAGAAGCUGCUUUUUCAUGAGUGAGAAAGCAUUAACAAACCACCAUUCUGCUCUUCUUGUCCUUCUUCAAGGCCACGGGGCCUUUCGAGCUGGUCAGUGGAGUCAGCACGCAAUCAUACAUCACGGUCUCCAACAUGGAAGUCAGAUACCAUGUAUUCAAAUGGCAUUGCAGGCACAUUAUGAUGUCAUUGUGCUAAACCCCAAUGAUAAUUUUGUGGAACUAAAGAUGGAAAAAGAGUGGAAAGGCCUUUUAACGCAAAAUAUUGAGUCUUCUUCUCUGAAAAUGGUUCAAGGUGGGAGCUUUUUCUCUCUCCAGCAUCCUCCCGGAUGUAUUCCAAAAAGAUGCAGCAACACCCCCGAAGAACACAUGGCUUACAUAUGGGAUUACUUCAUUUCGAAGACUGAAGGCAAGGAUAUAGCCUUCAUUGUACAUGGUUAUGGAGGCUUGGUUUUUAUGGACUUGCUUGUCCGUAGAAGGUGGGAAGUGAUGAGCAAAGUAUAUGCUGUUGCGCUGAUUGACUCUGAACAUCAUGUAGGCCACCAGCUGGGAAGUGAUGUACAGUUACUAGCAUGGAUAAAGCACCACUGCCGUGAAUGGGUGACAAGUCCUAAGCCUUUGGAUAAACCUGCAGCUACUGUUUUCAAAAGGGAAUUUCCUAUGGUUUCUGCUGGUACAGAAAAGCACAGCUUAGCCCCUUCCUCUAGCCUUCAGUCCAUUUUUAAGUACUUCAAAAAAGCUUUAAAAGCCAAAACAACCAUUAAUUUCUCUCAAAUGCCAAUAGCGACUAGAAGUUCCACAAAAAGAAAGCAAAGUGCUUAAACUACUUUUGCCAUCUAAGUUUUUGUUUGUUUGUUUGCUUGCUUGUUUUUGUUCUCCUGCAACUUUGCUAAUACAGAUUCUGGAAGGAAAAAAAACCACUUUCAACUCACACACAAUAUGAUGAUCUGGCUUGAGGUUUGAUUUGUUACUUUUUAUGACCUUUGUUUUUAUGAGGCAGGGUCUGACUUUGCUGCCCAGGGUGGUCUGGAAAUCUGGCCUCAAGUGAACCUCCC